CUAAUACUGACCAAGAAGAAGAUAAUUGGAGUGAUUCGUCAAUAACUGACCUGAUAGCGGCCUCCGAAGUGACUCUGAGCGACAUUCAACACAUGGAAAGACAAAUAACACAAUCCGACAUGGAUAUCCCCCCUCCGGAAACUCCGGUAUUGGAAGUGAUUACUUCCAUGACGGCAAACAAUUUGGAAAAAAUAUUGCAAUUAGCAGAUAAUAUCGGGGCUACUACUACUACUUUCCCUGAAGUCAAAGAUGAGACAGUUCAUGUGCAAGAGGAGCCCGAUACAGAUACUAAAAAGAGAUUUAAAACAGUUGAUGCUAACCAGCAAAAAAUAUACCAAGACGCCAACCAUAGCGAGUCAACCAAAAAAAACACAUCAUGGGCCCUAAAGCUGUUUCAAGACUGGCACCAUGAAGUAUACCCUUGGAUUUUACUGAUGUGAAUGUGGAAAACCUAGCAACAGUUUUAGCGAAAUUUUACUGCAAAGCAAGACCAAAGCAAACUGAGGCGAGGGCAAGCAUGUUAAAACCUGAACAUGCCGGGGAAUAUCACAAGAACACUCUCAAAAAUAUUAGGGCUGCAUUGAACCGUCAUUUACAGGACCUAGGCAGAGACAUGGAUAUUGUUAGGGAUAAGCAAUUUAAAUCAUGCAACAAAACCUUAAACGGUUUAUUAAAAGAACGUAUGAGGUCUGGCCUUUCACGUCCGACCUUACACAAAGAUAUCAUCACAAAAGAGGAUCUUAGCAAAAUUUGCACCUACCUGAAAUCUAUGUGGCACUCAUCAGCUGUUGUUCUCCAUUUAGCUGUGUGGUACAAUCUCGCGAUUCAUUUCGUCAGUCGCGGUUUGGAAUUUCAUCAACAGUUGCACCUAAAUUCGUUCGAUUUCUGCAGCGAUGAAAAUGGCACAGAAUACGUGACUAUUAAUCACGAGACACGGCAAAAAAACUUCCAGGGGGGUUUAUCAAAUUGUGAAGCCCCGUCCGACAAACGAAUGUAUGCGGUAGACUCCGAAUUCUGUCCAGUAACACUUCUCCGUCAACUCAUUAACAGAACAGAUAAAUCAGGCUAU